UUCACCAAGAAAAAGCCAGUAAUGGGUUAAUUUUAACAAGUUUACCAAAACCGUUUUCUCCAGACGCAUAUAAGCAGAUUUUAACCACAUCGAAUUCUCGUUUACCUUUCUCGAAGGAUACGACCCUUGCCACGUAAGGUCCUCCAUCAAAACAAUGCCCCUCAGUCAAAAAUCCUUCUGUUCAGAGGGGAAUUUUUCCGCCUCGCUGCUGCCAUGAAGAAAGAACUUGGUCACGACGCUCCUCGGGCAUUCACAGUCCACCACUUCUUCACAUGUCUUAAUUUCGUUGUCUUGUUUAUCUCCGUCGCUUCUCUGUCCUUCCAUGUGAACAUCCUUCGCAAGGAAAUCGAGAUCGUGAAAGCGGACGUACGUCCCCUGGUGGCGGAGAAUGAGAAAAUUGCUUCACGGCUGUAUGAGGACUAUUUUGACAGAUCUCGAGAAGCUCGGCAAAUUGAACCCGGGCCAGACGAAUUUGAGGGUACCAUUGAGCCCGAAGAACCGACUGAAGGCGAAAUAACACCUGAAGUUAGCCCGGAACAACAUGGAGCUACAAUUGGAGCAACUAGGCUUAACUGCAGUAUGGAUGCUGCAGGAAACAAUAUUUGUAUCGUAGUUAAUGGUAGUCUACUGGGAAGUCCUUUUGCUCGUCAGGAGAUGAGAGGAUUCAUCGAGUCCUACAUAAACGAAACGUAUCUUGGUGGAAGUCUUCUGGGAAGUCCUGCCACUCGUCUGGAGAUACAAGGAUUCGUUGACUCCUACAUCAACAAAACGUAUGUAGUGAAUGGAAGUCUCCUAGGAAGUCCUGCUGCGCGCCAGGAGAUACAAGGAUUUGUUGACUCCUACGUCAACGGCACGUACGGACCUGGGCUUGCUCAACUGAGCGGAAAAGCGCUGAAUGACACAAUCCGAAGCUUCAUUAAUGAUCAUGCUAUCAGUUCCUUUGGAGGUCAUGGUGGAUUUUUUGGCAAUGCUACAGGAAAUUACACUCUCGAUAGCAAUUUCACCGGAAUCUCGGAUGAAGCAGAAGGUGUAAACCGUGCUAUCGAACAGUAUAUUGGCGCAUAUGCAUUAAAUACCCUUGGGCCGUCAUUUGUUCCUGGUGCAGCAGUUGAGUUAGAGCCUGGAAAGACAGUGCUGGAUGCGUAUCUGGGCGAAGCCGUUGAGCAAGCCGUCCAGUCUCACUUAGGAGGGGGAGGUGGAGCUGGAGCUGGGGGUGGUGGUGGAGCUGGAGCUGGAGCUGGUGGUGGGGGCGAGGCAGGUGCAGGCUCUGCAGGAGGUGGAGUUGCGAGUGGGGAAAUGAAUCGGACCAUCCAGCAGUUUCUUGGAUCCUUUGCGCGGGAAUCUUUCGGUACGCCACGCAAUCUUAGCAUUGUCUUGCAUUAGGUUAUGUUAGAAACCUUGAAAAUGUUCCUGUCUACUUGAUCUAGUGUU